AUGGUUCUUCGAAAGCAAACCAAAAGACUCACAGGAGCAGGUCCACCAUUAGGAUAUCUAGCUAAUCAAGCAAAUGAAAUUGAGGAAGAACUUGAACCGGAAGGUGAAGCCUUAAUUCAGCGUAACAGUCGCAAGAAGAACCCUGAAUCUGUCAUGGGACCGAUCCGCAGUGGCAAAGGUAAGAAAUUCAACCAACCAUUACUGGAAGAUUUGAGAACUCCCACGCCUAGAGGACAAAAACACUUAGGUGCCGAUAAGCGUGGAGCCAAAAAUGUUAAGCUUGGAGAAGAAGAAGAAGAAGGAAAUGAGGAUGACAAUGAUGACGGUGAAGGAGAUGAGGGAGAUGGAGAUAAUGAAGAUGACUCGGGUGAAGAGGAGGACUCGGGUGAAGAGGAAUAG